AAGCUGCGGACUCCACUUCCCAUCAGCCCCUCCGAAAAAAUACUUUGUUCUCAUGGCACGUGAAUGGUAGUCAUACGACUCGUUCAACUCAGAAGGCAUUUGUACAAAGGAAACAACGGUUCCCGGAAUAACUGAAUUGGCCGCUUUAUAUUUGAGCAAACUUGCAAAAUGCCCGUACAUUGUCUGCCGAUAUGGAUAUUUUUUCUUUUACUUGCCUUGCCGUCAGGAGCCGGAGCUAGGUACACUGCGGACUGGGACAGUCUUGAUUCGAGACCGCUGCCAACCUGGUAUGAUGAAGCCAAAUUUGGGAUUUUCGUUCAUUGGGGAGUUUUCGCGGUCCCCGGAUUCGGCAGUGAAUGGUUUUGGUGGCACUGGCAAGGCGAUCCGAACCCGAAAUAUGUGGAAUUCAUGAAGAAAAACUACCCUCCAGGAUUCACUUACCCACAGUUUGCCCCUGACUUCCGUGCACAGUUUUUCGAUCCAGACCAAUGGGCUGAAAUCUUCGAGGCUUCGGGUGCAAAGUAUGUGGUUCUAACAUCCAAGCACCAUGAAGGCUUCACGACGUGGGGCUCCCCACACUCCUGGAACUGGAACUCUGUGGACACGGGUCCUCACAGGGACCUGGUGGAGGACCUGGGAGUCGCUGUACGAAAAAGGUCCCUACACUAUGGCCUAUAUAACUCCCUAUAUGAAUGGUUCCACCCUCUUUACCUGUCUGAUAAAAAAUCGGGCUUUAAAACACAGGAGUUUGUAUUCAACAAGCUUCUACCAGAACUUCGUGACCUUGUUACCAGGUACAAGCCAGACCUGAUAUGGUCAGAUGGGGACUGGGAAGCACCAGACUCUUACUGGAAUUCCACUGAGUUCCUGGCCUGGCUCUACAACGACAGCCCUGUGAAGGAUUCGGUGGUGACCAAUGACCGCUGGGGGGCUGGCUGCAGCUGCAAGCACGGAGGAUACUACAACUGUGAUGACAAGUACACCCCGGGACAGCUGCCCAAACAUAAGUGGGAGAAGUGCACCUCUGUGGACACCUACUCCUGGGGCUAUCGGAGGACUAUGAGGCUGAAGGAGCUGCUGGACCUGCCCAGUAUUAUACAGGACCUGGUUCGCACUGUGGCCUUCGGGGGAAACUACCUGCUGAACGUGGGCCCCACGGCAGAGGGGACGAUCCCGCCGGUGUUCGAGGAGCGCUUGCGGGGUUUGGGCGACUGGCUGAAGGUCAACGGGGAGGCGGUGUACGCUUCCCGGCCAUGGAGGGUGCAGAGUGAGAACUCCACCCAGACCGUGUGGUAUACCUCGAAGGGCUCCCAAGUUUACGCUUUCAUCCUUGUCCGACCGUCAGAAUCCUGGCUGAAGUUAGCCGAGCCAAUAACGUCGCCCUCUACAAAGGUGACGUUAUUGGGGUACUCUGGACAGCUGAGCUGGUCUGCCCUGCAGCCCAGUGGCCUGACGGUGCAGCUGCCUCUCGAGCCUUUUGUGAACGGCCACGGGUGGACGCUGAGGCUCGAUGACGUCAAGUGAAGCUCUUGUGCUUUAAAAAUGGAAUUUUAUAUCAAGUUUAAUCUACCAAGGUUUCCAUGAUAAGAAAAACAUGAAACAUCAAUUCACUUAAUCUGCUUCAUGCAAGUUAAUUCUAUUUUUCACUAUUUUUGUAUGUAUUUUUAUAACAAAGAAAUAAAAAUGUUUGAGUUA